AUUUCAUGCUUUCUUCUCUUUUUAUAAGGAGAUCAACCCAGAAUGGAGGACAUCACAACAUCAAAAACCACAGAAAGACACAAGGACAAUGAACAGUCUGUAGAAAGAGGAAGCAACUUCAAACCUGAUGGUGCAGCACACAAGAGUGAAGAACCUGAACUGUAUUCUGAUUCAUCAAUCAGCAGUAUGGGAGAUCAACCCAUGAGAAGGAUAGACACAACAACCUCAAAAACCACAGAAAGACACGAGGUUAAAAGCGGGGCUUCUGGAUCAUCAGACAUCAGAUUAAAUCAAUACCUACAACUGCACAACAAUGAAAAAAUAACGCAUCUAUUUCACAGACUUCAUCUUGGAGAUGGACUCCAUAAUACAUUUAAAAGUGCAGAUGUUCUUCAGAUAAAUGAAUAUUCAUUUCAGUCCCAUGAGUCUUGUGUUGAAAAAGAGCUCAUUCAGACUUUCAUACAGAAACUACUGAUGAUGAACUACAUAGCAAGAAACAUAAAUGUUAAAAUUCGAAAUGAGCAGGAAGGAAUACAACUAAAAGACGAAAGUGAUUCGUGUGAUAAAGAGGGUAACAUUUUUGAUGAUGCUUAUAACCUAUCUUUGUCAGAAACAGGAACAAGUCAGUCGGAGCGAAUUCACUCGAUGGAUGUUCAGAUGGCCGUGUUUCAUUGUGCUGAUGGUUUCCUGAAGCAGCUGAUGGUCACUAAACUGUCCCAGUGUCAGUUCGCUCUGCCUCUGCUUGUUCCUGAUCUGGUCACACAACAGAUUGAGUUUCCUCUCUGGACAUUCAGACAAAUCAGCAAGAGCUGGAAGAUCAGAAACACCAACAAUGAAACCAUCAGUCAAACCCAGCCGAUCUACAAGGCACAAACUCCAAUGGUGUUUUUCUUCAGGUUUGGCUCUGUGUCUUCAUCCAAGUCUCAGCUGAUGAACAGUCUGAUCAAUGACAAACACAACACGUUCUUCCACAGGAACUGCCCAGGCAGCAGCAGAUCCAGAGUCCUGAUGGAUGGAGUGGUGGAGAUUGCCUGGUUCUGCCCUUCUGGAUCAGAUGAUGAUAAAUUCACUGAUUGUGUGGCCUUCUGUAAUCUACAUGGAGAUGCAGGAGGUCAUGAGAAACAGUGGAAGAUGCUCACUGAGAUGGCCUCAGUCAAUGUCCUUCUUCUACAACAACUAGACAGAAAUGACAGACAUGCAGAAAAGAUCCAAAACCUGUACAAGGACUCAAAGCCACUGAUUUGCCUUCUUUCUGGGGACACAUGUGCUGUAAAUAAGAUGAGGGAAUGCAAAUACAAGAUUGGUCUGAAAGACAGAAACCAGUCAGAAGUAUCUGAAGAACUCAUGAAAGCAAUCAAUGAUUGUCUCUCAAAAUCAUUUUCCGCUUUCAGACUUGAAGAUGUGUCCAAACACUCAGACAUCAGAGUAGAUGAGGAAGAUGAUGAAGACUGCAGGAAAGGAAGAGCAGCAGCACAGCAGAUGAUCAGUUUACUGAAGGAGAAAAAACUGACAGAAAUCAAAGAAUCAUUUCUGCCUCAUCAGGGGAAACUGUGGCAUCAGUGGAGUCAGAAGAACAAAGAACUACAUCGACCUCAAGGAGAUGAGAUAGAAAUAGUUACAAGUAAAAAAAAAACAGAAAUGAACACAGUUCGUCAACAACAACACAAACUUCAAAUCUGUGAGUUUAUGAAGCUAUUUUUAAAAGAAAUAAUAUCAAAUGCAGAACGGGAAAAGUUAUUUUUUCUUAAAUAUUUAACAAUUCUACUGGAUGAACAUACAUCAGCUGAUCUUUGUACUUUACAUUACAAAUAUGAUAAAACCUGGUCAAACAUCUUAAAACUGAAGGAGAAUAAUGAUAAAUCUGAACAAUUCAAAGCUCAAGGCAUCAAACAACUCAAAGCAGAACAAGCUGAACUUGAGAGAAUAUCCGAGGAUCUUCAAGCAGCAACAUUUGGUCUGGAGCACAUCAUGAGAGUGAUUGGUCAGAUCUAUGAAUCAUGUUCAUCUGUGAAGGAGAACAAGAAAGAUCUGCCGUUUCACUUCUCUUCUCUCCCAAGUGUAGCAGCAAAGAUGAUGAUCUCUGGGUUUCCACUGGAGCUGAUGGAUGGAGAUGCUGCUCAUGUUCCUCUGGUCUGGAUCUCUGCUGUUCUUGAUGAACUUGCCCAGAAACUGGGAGACCAGACCAGAGUCUUUGUGCUGUCAGUUUUAGGGAUUCAGAGCUCUGGGAAAUCCACCAUGAUGAACGCCAUGUUUGGACUCCAGUUUGCCGUCAGUGCUGGCAGGUGCACCAGAGGAGCUUUCAUGCAGCUGGUCAAAGUGUCAGAUGAGAUGAAAACACAGAUGAACUUUGACUAUAUUCUGGUUGUUGAUACUGAGGGUCUUCGUGCUCUAGAACUGGCUGGAAGAUCAACAAGACAUCAUGACAAUGAAUUGGCCACGUUUGUUGUUGGUCUUGCAAAUCUAACAGUAAUCAACAUCUUUGGGGAAAACCCAUCUGAGAUGCAGGACGUCCUUCAGAUUGUUGUUCAGGCCUUCAUGAGGAUGAAGAAGGUGAAACUGGAUCCCAUCUGUAUUUUUGUACAUCAGAAUGUUUCAGACAUCACAGCUGGAGAGAAAAACAUGGAGGGUAGAAGACGAUUGCAGGAGACGCUAGAUGAGAUGACAAAACUUGCUGCUGAGGAGGAAGUCUGUGAUGCGGAACAUUUCAGUGAUGUCAUUAGAUUUGAUGUUCAGAAUGAUGUGAAGUAUUUUGAUCAGCUCUGGGAAGGCAGUCCACCAAUGGCUCCACCAAACCCAAAGUACUGUGAGAAUGUUCAGAAGCUGAAAAACACAAUUCUUUCAAAAGCCUCUGGCUGUCUUACACUGUCACAGUUCAAAAGACGUGUUGAUGAUCUCUGGAAAGCCCUUCUGAAUGAAAACUUUGUGUUCAGCUUCAGAAACAUUCUUGAGAUUGCAGUGUACCGAAGACUGGAAACCAAGUACAGUGACUGGACCUGGAAGCUCAGAAGUGCAAUGUUGAAGACAGAAGAAAAAUUCCACAACAGAAUUGCCAAUGGAAAAAAUGUGGUGGAUGAAUUAGACCUGUUGGCUGAAAUGAAUAAGACGAAUGAAGUAAAAGCAUCUUUGGUGGCAUUUUUUGAGGAGGACAAAGACAAAGAAAUUCUGAGUCAAUGGAGAGCAAGAUUUGAGACCAAAAUUAAAGAUCUCCAUGAUGACCUCAUAAAGAAAGCAAAGAGAAGACUGGAUGAAGUGAUUCAACAGAAAAAGGCAAGAGAAAACCUGGAUGCCAAAAAGACAGUGUAUGAAAAUAAGCUUUUCUGUCGGAGCAAAGAACUUGCUUUGCAAUUUAAAAACAAUGCAAGGAAUGAACAACAAAUGUUGAAUGAAUUCGACUCAGUUUGGAGCGGAUGGAUAGAUGAACUGGUCAACACUCCUCUAGUUCAAAACAUUGACCUUUGGAAAGAUGUCACACAAAUCCUGUCAGAAAACCAUGAACUGGCUGAUCUGGAAGAGAGAAAACAGGGAAAAUUCUACAAACAGAUUAACUGUCUGGGUGAUUAUUCAGGUUACAUUAUGCUGAAAAGAAAUGUAGAUCUCUCUGAUCAGGACCAGACUCUUGAACAGGCAAGCUCUGAUCAUAAAGAGGAGGAAGACAUGCCUGUCAAACAAAAGUCUAACUCAAAAAACGUGGCAAGACAGAAUGAAUCACAGAACAAUGACCUGUUACCUGAAGAUCAUAGUUCAAUCAGUGUUAUGAUCGCAGAUGUCAUUGAGCAGACCAAUAAAAUACUUGCACGAGCACAAAAGGCAAAUCUAGGCUUCCACCACAGUUAUAUUCAAGAAAUGACAGCAUGUGUUCAAGAACACAUCAAUCAAUUUCAUAAUGAGAACAAGAAAUGUAAGCUGAAGAAGGAGUUCAGUUUAGAUCUUUGUCUGUUUGUGUGUGACCGAGCACAUGACACAUUUAACACGCUUCACAAUGAAUUUAAGAAUGCAAAUCAUCCAAGAAUUUAUCUUGAGCGGCAGAAACCUCAGUAUUACAGCGUCUUCAAGAACUUCUGCAAGGGAGCAACAACAACAACCAUAUUUGCUAAAUCCAUAGAGGAUGUCAAGGGAAACAGCGGAGAUGCAGACGUGUGGCUGAAAGGAUUCACUGAAACUCUCAGAGAUGAGCUCAAAUUUACUGGAAACUCAUAUGUAGAUCUCAGUGAAAUAACUGACCUUGAUUUCCUGAAGAACGUUUUAAUGGAAGGUCUGACACCAAAGAUCUCAAAGCUACGAAUUGGGUUUAACACCAUUAAUGGCAUAAAAAUGGAAGAGUGCAGAAAGAAACCAGACGAGCUUCUGAUUGAUCACUUCUGUCAGUGCUGUUGGGUUCAGUGUCCGUUCUGUGGAGUCACCUGCACAAACACCAUAGCAAACCAUCCUGGAGAUCACAGUGCUCCUUUACACCGUAAUACUGGACUAGCAGGGAUGAAUUACAGAGAUACAACAAACUUGUCUAUUGACAUCUGCACAUCAGUAGUAGCAAGUGAUCGAUCCUUUUACACAGAUUCCCCGGAUAACAAAGUCCUCUGGAAGGAAUACAGAAAAGCAGGAGGAGUUUUUGAAAAGUGGAGCAUCACCUCUGAUCUCUCUGAACUGCCCUACUGGAAGUGGUUUGUGUGCAGAUUCAAGAAAGAUCUGGAAAAAUACUACAGUAAAACCUUUAAGGGAUGUGGUAAGAUACCAAGUGAAUGGAGAAAGCACACAAAAGCUAGAGCAAUACAGAGUUUAGAAGAAUACACCUAAAGUAAUCCAUGGAACCAUGGAAAAUAUUUGUCUUUGCCUAAUGUACCAAGAGUCAAAUGGCUUGAAUCUGUUGGAAAUGCAAGCACAGAAUGUGGAAACAAGACCGUAGGGGAAAAGAGGACCAAAUGAGUAGGACAAUGUUUAUGUACUUUGAAUUCAGGUUUCAGUUUUGUGCACUGCAGUUUUAAACUGGACUACAUUUUUUAUUAAUGCUCAUUAUUAUUCGAUAGGUGACCUCGUUGUUUCUUAUUCUGCAUUAAGUUUUUGUGCGAUAUAAUUUUACACGUUCAUCACUUUUGGAUUUAUGCUUAUUAUUUUUUGAUGCGUGACCGCAAUACUUUUGGUUUAAUAAAAAGGUUGACACCAAGUGGUUGAACUAGGUAUUGCACACCUAGUUGAAAACACACACAAGCGCAGGUUGCCAGAUUGACGCCAUCAACAAGAGCCAACCUGACUAUCGAGCCUAAAGGCUCGAAAUAAAAGCAACGGCACGCAAUAAGAGGAAUAUUCUCCAUAUUAAAAGGAGUUUUUGUCCUAUCCAACACCUGUAAUGUAUAUUUUAGACCUUUUCAAUUUCUCACAGCUGAACAACAGAAAACUGACAAUGAUCAGCUCAGCUACACCUCAUGUGCUUUAUUCAGUGUUAAAUGCUAAUAAUGUGAGUUAAAUGCCAUUUCACAUGACAUUUAUUACCAUACUACUGAAAGCAGCAGCGGAUAGUUCACCUCAGAUCUGGAAAAUACAAUAAUCUGUUUGAAAUUAAACUUCAGAACUGCGACUCAGUGCAAGCAAACACUUAUCAGUGAUUCAGCAUCUACAUUUAAUAAUAUUAAAGAGGUUUAAUGUGUAUUAAUUAUAUUAUAAACCUUACCAUUUCAAUGGAGUGCAGUGAGUGCACUAUUCUGUGCUUCUGAAUGGCUGUAUUUAAAUUUCUGUUGUGUUUCAUCUGCUGCAAACAGCCAAAUUCUUGUCACAUAGCAUGUUGUUUGGACACUGGAUUACAAUGUAACCUGCUCACCUAAUGUUUACGUAAUAUUUAUAUUAUUUGCUGAUUGAUAACCUCAUGUUGAACUCUGAAUAUUUCGGGGGCAGUUACUGUCCACCAGAGGUUUCAUUUCAGGCACGGACAUUUUAAUGCACAUUUUCAAAGCAGAAUAUCUGACUUCAGCAUUGUUUUUCAGAUAAACAAGAAUGUUCACUGAGCAUGUUUCUGAAAUAUCUGCAAACAUAUUAUGGUAGUUUUAAUCUUUAGAAGUGUUCAAAAUUUACACACAUCACCUUUGAAGCCUACCGGAUGCAAAUACAGUGGGUAUAGAAAAGAAUCACCCCCCUUCAAAAUAAUUACAUUUUGUUGCAGUGUAGCCUAAAAUGAAGACAUAGUUUUUGUUUUAUCUAACUGUAUUUACUUAGUGCAACUUAUAACACCCAACCAAAAGAUAUUUACAUUUACAUUUAGUCAUUUAGCAGACACUUUUAUCCAAAGCGACUUACAAAUGAGGACAAGUAAGCAAUUUUCACAACUAUAAGAGCAGCAGUGAACAAGUGCAAUAGACAAGAUUCAGGUGUGUAAAGUCUAAGAAGCUAAGCAUUAGUAAAAUUUUUUUUUUUUUUGAGAGAGAGAGAGUACAGUUAGUGGUAUAGCCAGAUAUAACACCAACAUGCCUGAAAAAAAAACAUGUCUGGGUCGUUGUCAUGUUGGAAGGAAAACCAUCUUCCCAAUGAUAACUUUCUGGCAGAGGGCAGCAUAUUUUCAAGAAUUUGUCUGUAUUUUUGUCCCAUCCAUCUUUCCUCCUAUCCUGACAAGUGCUCCAACUCCUGUUACAGAGAAACAACUCCAUAGCAAGAUAUUUCCACCUUCAUGUAUUACGGUAGGAAUGGUGUUAUUUGGAUGGUGAGCUGUAUUAGAUUUCCGCCAGACAUAUUGUUUGGUGUGAGGCCAAAUAAUUCAAAUUCAGUAUCAUCUGACCAUAACACUUUUUUCCAUGUGGCCUCGGAAUCUUCUAGGUGCGUUUUGGCAAAGCUCAGUCAUGACUUUAUGUUGCUUUUCUUGAGAAGAGGCUUUUUUCGUCCAACCCUCCCAUACAAGCCACAUUUGUGGAGAAUUUUUGAUGUUGUCACAUGCACACAAUGACCACUCUUUGACAUAAAUUCCUGAAACUGCUUCAGAGUUGUUGUAGGCCUCUUGGUUGCCUCUCUGGGCAGUUUUCUCCUGGCUCUUUCAUCCAGUUUGGAGCGACGUUCUGAUCCAGGAAGGGUCUGUGUUGUACCAAAUACCAGCCACUUUUUAAUAAUGGACUUCACUGUGCUUAGGCAUUGAUAAAGCAUUUUUAAAAAAAUUUGUAUCCAUCCCUUGACUUGUGCCUGGCCACAGUUUUAUCCCUGAGAUCUGUUGACAAUACCUUGCCACCCAUAGUUGAUGGUUUGCUUCAGUUGCACUACCUAGGCUUGAAAUGCUACAAUAAAGCUAUUUUCAUGCUGAGAUAAUCAAAUUGACCACCAAUGAAAGUGAAAUGGCAUUGUGUGUCGUUAAGAAGGUGAUUAGCUACACCUGAUUGAGUUUACCAGUAAUUUUUAGGAGGGGGGGGGGUGAUCCUUUUCACAACUGAGUGAUUCUGUUUUUAUGCUUGCUAAUUGUUUUCUGACAUGUUGGUGUUAUAUCUUUUACAUAGAUGUUAUACGUUGUACUGAAUCAUUACACCUAGAUAAAACAAAACUGUGUCUGCCUUCAUUUCAGGCUACAAUGCAACAAAAUUUAAUUAUUUUGAAGGGGGGUGAUUCUUUUCUAAACCCACUGUAGAUGUCUUAAACAUAAGUACGCACACCACCGCUGACAUACAGCCUCUGUCCACAUCACUUAGUAAAGUAUAGAAAACUAUUUAAAGUUGUGACUCUGCAACCAUUACUCGCCCUGCCUCUCUCAUUUUCAAAAUAAGAGUCCCACAUACAUAGUAAUUUUUUUUAAAGCUUAGAUAAAAUUAAAAAUAAGACAAAUAAAAAGAUAAUUGGUGUAAUCUCACUUGAAAAUGUUGUGUCCUAUCAAACGCAGCCUGGGACAUACAUAUUAAUGUGCAAUAUAACAGUGUGUUUUGUUCCGAUUGUCUUGAUUUUCAUCAGGAUUUUACACUCAUGGGAUUUACAGGACAAAAUAAUGUUUAAGACUCAUGGUAUGGCCAUUUCUAUUUACUGAACACUUAUUAUUCAGCUAUGCCUAAGUGUAUCCAGAUUUCCAUUGUAUGGCACAUUUAAUCAUCAUUUAUUUUAAUUAACUUUUGUGAACAUGUUACUUGUCACAGAGCUGUGAUCAACUAGAUUUGCU